AAUUGUAAAUUCUUUAUUUAGACAAUAAAACUAAAAUAUUUAUCAAGCGAAGCUAGAUGAAAACGUUUUUCAAGUGCAAAUGUUAAUUGAAAAUACUUAAGGGAAAACUAAAAUAUUGUAGUUGAAAUAAAAUAGAAACGUAUUUAUAAUACAUAUUUACUUACAUAAAUAUUGAUACAAUAUACAUUUGAGCACAACUUUACAAUUUAACAAAAAUCUUCAGUACACUGAAUAAAAGCAAACAAAUAAAUAUAGAAUCAUUAUUUGAAUGCGAGAUUUUGUCUAACCUUGAACAUAUUUGCCUAAAAACGUUAUUCAUCUGUUUUUAAAUUUCAUGAACAGCGCGCGAGCAUUCACGGUAGAAUGCAUAAAUUUAUGCUUCGACUUCUGAUUCACAUAGCCUGACGAAUUAACAAUGCUGCGAUGAGGUAGGUAUGGCGGAGAGUGAACGCUGGACGGCGCGAUUGAGCUCAGCAUUUUUCAUGUGUUUAGUUAGCGAUUGUGAACAGUGCAUGUCGCUUGUGCCACCGUCGCACCAACUCGAUCAGCAGCGUGCAGUGCGCGUUCUUAUCAACAACGUGAAGUGAAACGUUUCCGACCAGAUAACAUUGUUGUACAUCCUUCGACACCGCGCCGAGCGUAUUGAGCCGCUGUGAACCCAACGAAAACAAUCGAUAUCCUCGCUACAUCUUAAACUAGUGGACAUAAUUGAGUCAAGAUUCUACAGAUAGGACCAGUAGUGCAGACAAGAUGGAAAUUCGAAAAUUUUCAGACCCCCGAAAACAACAACAUCGCUAUACACGUCACUCCACCAGAUGGAGAAGAAGAUGACGAGUUCGUACCGACGCUUCGUAUGCGUCGAAAGCUCAGCACUCCGCUUACCUCGCUAACCAGCGUUUCCGAUGAAUUGCCUGGCUUGAAAAUUUCACCAAGUCGAUCUCUUUCGCCGCUUGACCGCACCAAGCGACGGUUCAGCACAAUGGUGACGAGCGCAGCCGCUGCAGCUGUGACUCGCCGCCUGUCCGCAACUAUAGGAUGGUACCUUGCCAGUCAUACACAAGUCAAACCGCAGAUCGUACGCCAAGGGCGUGCACUUUGCCUGCAAUAUAUUAAAACACAGAUACGAAGAUCAACUACCUGUGUCAAAAAGAUAGUUAUGAAGCGCCUUCAGCGUAUGAUCGAGACUGAGUGUGGAGAAGAGGCUACUUGUAAUAGUGACACCGGGGUACUUUCUGCACUCCGCGCGCUAUGUGCGGCGUUGGAGAGAAAGCGGCCGGAAGCAUUCCGUCAUGUCGCGCGGCAAGCGACCAGGGCUCCUUCAGCUAUGCUACGCUCAGACACUGCACUUGCAGAACUUGCACUUGCACUCGCAAGACGGGUCACAAGGGAGAACAUCACGUGGUCAAAGAUUGCCGCUGUAUAUUGUAUUUGCGGAGCACUGGCUAGGGAAGCUGCUGAGGCAGCAGAAGGAGAGCCAUCAUUAGAGCUAAUCACAGCACCGGCUGCUGCAAUUGCUGACGUCUUACACGAGGAGCCUGGAUCAUGGAUCGCCUCUCAUGGAGGAUGGAAUGGACUAAUAGAUCGUCUGCGCGCCAGCGAACGUGAUCAUACAUCGGAGAAGAAUUUACGUUUUAUGAUUGGAUUCUUCGUGAUGACCUUCUUGACACUGCUGCUGUUUCGAUGGCUUUUACAUACUAACCCAAGUUACGGCGACUCAUAUAUAGUCUAAUAUUAUUAGAAUGUCCAAAUUAAAGUUUAUGGGUAUAUUUAUUAGUUAAUUAAACAUUAUCUAAAUAAUUUAUGAACUGCGUAAUGCUUUAAACUAGUACAAUUUUAUGUCAGCUAUUUAAUUUUGUUUACCUUACUUUUUUACUUACUACUUUACCUUUUCUCAACCUAUUGAUACCUUUCUAAGCUGUAACUCCAUAAAAUUCUUAAUUUUCUUCCAUUUCCUGUCUUUAUAAGCAAACAAUUUAUGAAAUAUUUAAUCAGUAUAAUAAUAAAAUUUUGACUACAAUAUUAAAUUUAAGGACUUGUACUGUAAUGUUUGUAUUCGGCACUUUUCACAUUAAAUGAAGUAACUUCGAGCGUA